CGUUCAUUAUUUAUUUAUUUAAAUAAUUCUGGAAAAUUACAAAUGAACAACAAUAAUGCCAACAAUGAGAAUAUCAAAUACAGAAGAACUAUGCAAAGUAUUUCGUUGUUGUUAAACCAUAAUUUAAAACUGAAUGCCUGUUUUUGAUGUCGUAUAUACGGUCCCAGAGUUACCCCAUUCUAUAUUCUGAAUCAAUUUGAUCAAACAGCAAGCUGUCAUGGCGACAGAUCGAUUUUAAAUAUCUAAGAAGUAAUCCAGAAUAAUUUUAUGCUUAUAUCUAGUGGAUAUAAUUAGUAAAAAUAAGUACAAAUAUGGAGCCGGAUUCCAGUGGUGGAGGGGAUAUCGUUAAAAGGAAACGAGCCUCAAAAGACAAGCAAGAACCUACGGAAACAAAAGUGGAUAAAGCACCUGAUGUGGGAGGAAGACUGAUGUGUAGACCACCAAUAACACUUAAAAGGGCCAGACAUGUUAUACCUUUUCACAUCCCACAUCGAAAGUUAUUGGAAAAAAUUGAAUUCAAGAAAAAACAAGCCGAACCAUUGACAGGAUUUGCCGCUAAGAGGAUGGCUUUGGUUAGACAUUUUCAUGACGAGAGGAUGUCUUCGUUUGAUUCACUAACUGAGAGAUCAAAACAUUUAGCUCCAUCGUACCAUGAAAUGUACGAGGAACCUAAACGAGAUCAUUUUCCUUUGCCUCAUCACAAAGUGUCCAGCGUUGUAGAUCAGAAAGAACUCAUCGAGAGGAUGAGGGAUACAACAGAUGGUUCCUUUAUCUACUUGACUUACGCAGUGCCAAAGUCAUCAGAGCUCUACACACCUUAUGCCCUGAAGAUCGUUACCUUCCCAGAAGUAGACAAGAUGAAUUUUUUCACUAUGAGCAGUAGAGGCGUGAUGCAACAAAUAGGAAACGAUGCCAUAUACACUUCCCUGGAUAAAUGGGAAGCAGAAUACGAUAUGUAUUGCAGACUGAUGCGCAUCAAGUCCUUUUAUUAUUUUCGGAUGUGGAAAGGCUUCAAUGUCUGGCGAAAAUUGAUAAUAUUCAGGAAAUUCACAACAGCCCGUAACUAUAUAGAAGCUAAUCUUUUCAUACUCAACAAUACGUUGCGCACUGGGCUGCUGAAUCUACAAGAGAUGUGCGUCAAUAUGUAUGAUACAACUUUCGUUGAUACGUCAGAUAUUGAAAAUCGUUGGUUAUUUUAUUUCGUCGAGGAUCAGAUGUUCAAAAUGGAAAAUGUUGUUAAAAAAAUUAGGAACUUCAGGGUUCUUGGAAAAGAUAUUAUAUUCAAUGCUUGUCACGGAGCAUUAUUAGGAAAGGGCUUCGUUAUAGACGAGACAGUGUUUGAAGGCAAAGAUAGGAAAAAGAGAGUACAAAAAUCGUCCUAUAUCGAACAGGCUAACAAGAAGAAAUUCUGCGAGCGUUUGAGUUGCUAUAUCAUAUUGGCUGACUAUAUGAUGAUAAAUAUGCUUCAUUUAUUACUAGCAAAAACCCUCGAUCAGAUGAAUGAAAGUUUGGAGAGACAUAUCAAAUUUUUACCUUCUAAAGAAGAAAUUGUGGAGAUAGAUAAUCUCGGUGUUAUCUUGGAAAAACCCAGACCACCAGAUGCACCUCAAUCACCGUUCUUCUUCAUUCAUUUCUUUCUGAAACCAAGCUCAUUGACGAUCGAUCCUUCCUUGGAGGUAACCCUAAAUAUCCUUACACAAGUGGAGGAUAUGUGGAGAGAACACACUACUUCAAUAAAGUCGUUCAUAGUUGAUCCAUGUUUUAAUUGUUUCACUUGUCCAAUCAUAAAUGGGAAAACAGAAGAUAGGAUUUGCGGAUUCGGACCAACAUUAUUUUUCUACCUAAGUUGCGAUGAUGAACUAGAAGAAUCCAGACAAUACUACUAUAAUUUAAUCGGGAGGAAUUAUCAAGCAGCCCAGGAUUACUGUGACCGGUUCCAGGAUUUGAUGGAAUUCUACACUGACGACAUGGAAACUGAAGACAAAACUAUUAUCGAUGAGAGAAAUCUGGAAUCAUUUCGAAAAUGGCUUGAUAAGUAUCACGAAGAAAUAAAAGUUAUCGAGGGUGUGGCUGAUUCUCAGGAUUUGGGUAUCCUCAGAGUCGACUUGUCAUAUUUGAAGAAAACUGCGCUACCAGCUCCUACGAAACUAUUAGAAUUGGUUGAAGAAACAAUACCUUGGAUCGGCAAAACUAAGGUGGACAACCUGUCAAUAGAGGUUGAAGAUGCGAUGGCUUUCCUGGAAAAAGAUCCUGUUCAAACUUUAGACUUCGUAGAGUAUCUCGAGUAUGUAGAGAGGGCCACAGAAAAGGUCGAUAAUAUGGAAAUCGUUUCGGAUUACUGUAAGGAAUUGUACGAUAUGCUGGAAGAAUAUCAGAUUUCCGUAGCUAUCGAAGAGUUGAACGCAUAUUUAGGACUCAGCGUACAGUUGGGCGUGCUUAGGAAUCUGGUCGACAAAAAAAUAGAAGACACAACAAUGAUCAUCAGGAAAUUUACCGUCACCAUGAAUAAAGACAUCAGCGUUUUGAUAUCAGAAGUUGGAGUCAUUAAAGAUGAAUGCAUGGAACCUUGGUUGUAUGACAUAGAAUCUAAUAUGGCUGUGGUCACAGAAGCUUUAAAUGACCUCAAUGAGCGUCUGACUAAGUGUAUGAAUAAGGCAAAUGAAUAUAAAUCUUACCAGAAGCAGUUCCGUAUGGAAGUAACCAGAUUUGACAUGCUUGACGAGGUCCAGAACGAUGUUAAGCUGAGGCUUCUCCUUUGGGAAUCAGUUGAUUCUUGGGCAAAGACAAUCGACGAAUGGUAUCAUUGUGAUUUCAAUAACCUCAAUGUAGACGAUAUGAAUGCUUACAUCGCAAAGAACGUCAAGAGUGUUAACCAACUAGAAAAAGGUCUACCAAGGAACCUCAUCGUGCCAAAGUUGAAAGACGAUGUAGAACUUAUGAAGGAUAAGAUGGCUGUCAUCACUUAUUUGAGGAAUCCUGCGUUAAGACAAAGGCACUGGAUCAAGAUCGAAACCAUACUCAACCAUAAGUUCAAACCUGAUGAUGUGGUGACGUUGGAAGUGUUGGAGAACUUGAAAUGCUUCAACUAUCCUAACGAACUACAAGAAGUGGCAGGGCAAGCAAGCAGCGAGGCAGGAUUGGAGUCACUGCUCAGAAAGGUGGAAGAAUCAUGGAAAACAUUGGAGUUCAUCGUUGUACCUCACAAGGAUUCGAAAGAUGUCUACAUCCUGGGUUCAACAGAGGAGGUUCAAGCUACUUUGGACGAGAGCAAUAUAAACGUCAAUACGAUAUCUGCAUCUCGUCAUGUAGGUCCUAUCAAGUCAAGAGUGGACGAAUGGGCAAAAUUCUUAGACAGGUUCUCCAAAACUUUGGAUGAAUGGCUGAUGUGCCAACAGAAUUGGGUGUAUCUAGAAGUCAUUUUCUCCGCUCCUGACAUACAAAGGCAGCUGCCUGCAGAAUCGAAAUUGUUUCUUAUUGUGGAUAAGGCUUGGAAAGAAUUGAUGAGAAGGACCGCCAAGGUUCCCCUUUCUCUAGAAGCAGCCAAUUAUCCCAAUUUACUGGAGAUCCUUCAAAAGAACAAUACACUGCUUGAACAGAUCAUGAAAUGUUUGGAAUCAUAUCUGGAGACGAAGAGAGUUGCCUUUCCCCGAUUUUAUUUCUUAUCGAAUGAUGAGCUUCUGGAUAUUCUCGCACAGACCAGAAAUCCGCAUGCUGUACAACCACAUCUGAGAAAGUGCUUCGACGCUAUUGCUAAGCUGGAAUUUGGUAUGAAGGAAGAGGACGUUCCCGUGGUCAGCAAGAGCAAAUUGAGAAUCUCACCAUCGGCUAAUCUCAAGAAGAGCAAGUCUGGUAUGGUUUUGACGACUGAUAUUAUGGCAAUGCUAAGUCCAGAAGGCGAGAGAGUUCCUUUAACCAAAGGACUCAAGGCGAGAGGAAACGUGGAAGAUUGGUUAAGCAAGGUGGAAGAAGCUAUGGUGACUUCUUUGAGGAGAAUUAUGAAAGCAGCCGUGGGUGACUAUUUAGUACGGCCGAGAACAGACUGGGUGACGAAGCAUCCAAGUCAAAUCGUUCUUGCAGUUUCGCAGAUUAUGUGGGCUAAAGGAGUACAUGAUGUUCUAGACGUGAAAGAUGAUUACAAAAACAAGAAACUUGAAUUAUAUCUUCGAAAAUGUAUUGGGGACCUCAACGAUUUGGCUGUAUUAAUUAGAAGCAAUCUACCCAAAGUCACCCGUCUCGUUCUCAUAGCUUUGAUUACCAUAGACGUACAUGCAAGAGAUACUCUCAGCAACAUAGUAGCAAAGAAAAUCAAUGAUUGUUUCAGCUUCGAGUGGUUGAAGGUGUUACGUUAUUACUGGGAUGAAAAAAUAGACGACUGCGUAGCUAAAAUGUCGAGUGCCAGUUACGUCUAUGGUUAUGAAUAUCUGGGUGCUUCUGGGGUGUUGGUGAUCACUCCACUCACUGAUAAAUGCUAUUUAUGCUUGAUGGGAGCUCUUCAGUUGGAUUUAGGAGGAGCACCUGCUGGACCAGCUGGUACGGGAAAGACCGAAACGACUAAAGACUUGGCAAAAGCACUGGCCAUCCAAUGCGUCGUUUUCAACUGCUCUGAUGGUCUGGACUAUAAAAUGAUGGGAAGGUUCUUCUCGGGUCUAGCGCAGUCUGGAGCCUGGUGUUGCUUCGACGAAUUCAACAGACUCAACAUAGAAGUCCUGUCAGUUAUAGCUCAACAAAUUAUAACUAUCAGAAAUGCAAAGGCUGCUAAGCAAACAAGGUUCAUUUUUGAAGGAAGGGAAAUCAGACUUAUCCACAAAUGUGCUGCUUUUAUAACCAUGAAUCCUGGAUACGCCGGAAGAACGGAACUUCCGGACAACUUGAAGGCCCUUUUCCGUCCAGUUUCUAUGAUGGUACCAGAUUAUGCUCUCAUAGCCGAGGUCAUAUUGUACUCCGAGGGAUUCGAAUCGUCACGUGGUCUCUCCCAAAAGAUGGUCCAGAUGUACAAAUUAUGCAGCGAGCAAUUGUCGCAACAAGAUCACUAUGACUUUGGAAUGAGAGCGGUGAAGAGUGUUCUGGUCAUGGCCGGGUCGCUCAAGAGAAGCAAUCCCGAUAGAAGCGAAGAAGUUGUUCUUAUUUGUGCGUUGAGAGACAGCAAUCUGCCGAAAUUCUUGGCAGAUGAUGCUCUUCUAUUCCAGGGAAUUUUGAGUGAUCUUUUCCCAGGAGUCGAACUACCAAUAGAGGACUAUGGCCUGUUGUUUAAAGCCAUUGAAUUUUGUCUAAUUGAAUGGAACUUCCAAGCAGUUCCCGAACAAAUUGCCAAAGUUAUCCAAUUGUAUGAGACGAUGAUUGUUCGUUGGGGAGUCAUGCUGGUUGGACCUACAGGCGGUGGAAAAACUGUUGUUCUAAAGACUCUGAACAGAGCUUUGUGUAAAAUGCACAAGGAUGGUGUCGAUGGUCCUUAUUAUAAACCUGUUCACACCUACACCCUGAAUCCUAAGGCAGUUUCUGCUGGAGAGUUGUAUGGGGAAGUGAAUCCAUUCACAAUGGAAUGGCGAGAUGGUCUUAUUGGGAUUAUGACUAGAACAGCAGUAACAGCUACCAAUGAAGAUCAUCAAUGGAUAAUUUGCGAUGGACCUGUAGAUGCUGUUUGGAUAGAAAACCUGAACACUGUUUUGGAUGACAACAAAAUGCUGUGUUUGGCUAAUUCCGAAAGAAUAAAACUUACACCCUUCGUGCACAUGGUAUUCGAAGUUCAAGAUCUGGCCCAAGCAUCACCUGCAACAGUCAGCAGAUGUGGUAUGGUGUAUAUCGAUCCCGGUCAGUUAAAGUGGCUACCUUACGUCAAGUCUUGGUUGAAUAGGCUGAGUGAUGCUUUGGUUGCCCAGGAAUACAAAGAUCAGUUAUUAGAUCUCUUCAAUAAUCUAGUGGAGAAUAGUUUCCAUUUCGUCAGAAGACAUUGUACGAGUGCCAUAUCACAGGUCGAUAUCAGCAAAAUCACUAUGAUAUGCGCCCUCAUCGAAAGUUUCUUCAAAAUGCCUGGAGCCAUGGAGAAAAUUGGCGAGAAGAGAAAAGUCAGACAAUUCGUUUGCCAAACGUUCAUAUUCUCCUACAUAUGGGGUAUGGGUGGAAAUCUGCACGAUAGUGGUAGAGAAAAACUGGAGACCUUCGUCACGAGCCAAUUCGACGAAAACCCUGAUGCCAAGUUGCAAGGUUCAUCCGAUCUCUGGGAAGUAUAUAUAAAUAUCCAGAGACAUGCACUGGAUCCUUGGUCCAAAAUCAUUCCGGACUUCAAAUAUGACAAAGAAAUACCGUUCUUCGAGAUGCUUGUUCCUACUAUCGACACUAUUCGUUUCGGUUUUGUAAUGGAGAGACUCAUAUAUGUUAAUCGUCCAGUUCUUUUGACAGGAGAUACAGGUGUUGGUAAAUCGGUAGUAGCCAAAGCUGUACUGAAUAAACUGUACGAAACAGGAAAAUUUGUACCAGUCACCAUGAACUUUUCUGCACAAACCAGCAGUGCAAGAACACAGGAGAUAAUUGAACUGAAACUUGAAAGGAAGAAGAAGACUCUAUUAGGCGCCCCUAUUGGUAAAAGGAUCGUUAUUUUCGUGGAUGAUGUGAACAUGCCGAAACUGGAAAUCUAUGGCGCACAGCCACCUAUUGAGUUGCUCAGGCAGUUUCUGGAUCAUGGUGGUCUGUACGAUAGGGAAAAACUGUUCUGGAAAAAAAUAGAAGACGUCGUUAUAGCAGCUGGGUGCGCACCUCCAGGUGGUGGAAGGAAUCCACUUACUCCAAGAUUCGUCAGACAUUUCGGAAUGUUACUGAUACCUCCCCCUAACGAGUUCACGUUGAAAGCGAUAUUCAAGGCUAUUUUGAAAGGAUUCUUGAAAGAAUUUGCAAAUGAUGUAAGAGAUCUAGGUGAAAACAUGGUUGGAGCAGCUGUUGAAGUUUAUCAGAGAAUAGAAACGGAUCUACUUCCAACGCCUAUGAAAUCACACUAUGUAUUCAACUUGAGAGAUCUAUCAAAAUGUAUGCAAGGCGUGUGUCAGGCUGAUUCAGGCACUGUGCGAGAAGAGCUUGCCAUGCUGAAACUGUUCUAUCACGAAUGCCUCAGAGUUUUUCACGAUCGACUGAUAAACAAAGAAGACAAAUCAUAUUUCUACAUAUUGAUGAAAGAGGUUUGCAAUCGUAACUUUGGAACACCUGUCCUAGUCUUACCAGAUGAACCAAUCAUAAAUAAUCCUCCUGCACUAUUUUUCGGAGAUUUCAUGAAGUUUGGUGCAGAUAAAAAAGACAGAAUUUACGAGGAACUUACUAAUUUGGAUAAAAUGAGGAGUAUACUACAGGACUACAUGGACGAUUACAGUUUAUUAACAGCGAAAGAAAUGAAAUUGAUCUUCUUCAUGGAUGCUCUGGAACACGUUGUAAGAAUAGCGAGGAUACUUCGAGCUGAAAGAGGAAACGCUCUCUUAGUAGGUGUUGGUGGAAUGGGGAAACAAAGCUUGACUAAACUGGGGUCACACGUCAAUGGAUAUAAAUGCAGUCAAAUUGAACUAACAAGAAAUUACGAUCACAGUUCGUUCUUUGAAGAUUUGCGGAAAAUGUUGUUUGCUGCAGGUGCUCUGAAAGAAGACACAGUUUUUCUUUUCACGGAUACUCAAAUUAUUCAAGAAGAAAUGCUCGAGGAUGUAAAUAAUAUAUUGAAUUCAGGUGAAGUUCCAAAUCUCUUCGAAUCUGACGAAUAUGAAAAAGCAAUAAUCGCUUGUCGUGAUGCUGCUAAAGAAGUAGGAAUAAAUCCAGCAAAUAGAGAUGGAAUUUUCGAUUUUUUCACGAAAAGAGUCAGAGCCUUUCUACAUUUGGUGAUUUGUAUGAGUCCUGUAGGUGAUGCUUUCAGACGACGUUGUCGCAUGUUCCCUUCUCUAGUGAACAAUUGUACAAUAGAUUGGUUCGAGAAAUGGCCGAGAGAGGCGCUACUGUCGGUGGCUCAGAAUGCUCUACAAAAUUUAGGCGAUGAAAGUAUGGUUUCCAGGCUAUCUAACUUGUGUGUCAUCAUACACGAGAGUGUUGAAACGAUGACAGUUCGUUUCUAUGAUGAGAUGAGGAGGAGAUACUAUACGACACCAAGCAGUUAUUUGGAUUUACUAAAAUCAUAUCUAUCCAUGCUAGUACUCAGGAGGGACAUCGUCACAAAAAUGAGAGACAGAAUUGCCAACGGUUUGAAAAAAUUGUACGAAACAAAUGCUGUUAUAGACUCGAUGAAAGAAACCUUAACCAAAUUGGAACCAAUUUUGGUCAUAAAAUCUAAAGAAGUGGGAGAAUUAAUGAUUCAUUUGGAAAAAGAGCAGAAGCAAGCUGAUAAAGUAGCCGAAGUUGUCAAGGCUGACGAAGAAGUCGCUAAGGGAAAAGCAGAGGAAACCCAAGCAAUCGCAGACGAUGCCCAAAGGGAUUUAGAUACAGCAUUGCCAGCCUUAGAUGCAGCCACCAAAGCUCUAGAAGCUCUGAAUAAAAAUGACAUCAAUGAACUCAAAGUGUUCCAAAAACCACCCAAGCUGGUGCAGUUUGUUAUGGAAGCUAUUUGUCUUCUUCUAGGGGCUAAGACAGAUUGGGCUUCGGCUAAACAAGUUUUGGCCGAUACAAAUUUUCUGAAACGACUCCAAGAGUAUGAUAAAAACCAUAUACCUGAGAAAACUUUGCAGAAAUUGAAGCGCUACGUUGAAGAUGCCGAUUUUAUACCGGAAAAAGUAGCGAAUGUAUCCAGGGUGGCGAAAAGUAUGUGUAUGUGGGCAAGAGCUAUCGACAUGUACGCAAGAGUAUACAAAAUUGUUGAACCAAAGAGAAAAAGGUUAGAGGUUGCAGAGAAAGAAUUGAACCAAACGAUGUCUUUGCUAAGAGAGAAACAAAGACAAUUAGCAGAUGUGGAAGCUAUGAUUGCUCGACUUGAGGCUGAGUUUACAGGGGCUAUUAACGAAAAGCAAGCCUUGGAAGAUAACAUGGCUUUGACAGCUGCACGAUUGAACAGAGCUGGCAGAUUGAAUGUAGCUCUUGGUGAUGAACAAACUCGUUGGGAAGAAACAGUUCAGAUGCUAGAAAAUCAGCUUUUGAACGUGAUUGGUGAUGUUCUGGUGGCAGCUGGGAGCGUUGCAUACUUGGGGGCAUUCACGAGUAAAUAUAGAAGUGAACUAACUGAUCUCUGGGUUUCAAUGUGCAAAGAAUAUGCUAUACCUUCUUGUGACCAAUUCAGUUUGAUCAGCGUUUUGGCGGACGCGUACGAAAUUCGUCAAUGGAACACAGCAGGUCUGCCCAGAGAUGCAGUUUCUACCGAAAACGCAAUCUUGGUCACCCGUUCCGGCAGAUGGUCACUCAUGAUCGACCCUCAGGAACAAGCCAAUCGUUGGAUCAAACAGAUGGAACUACCGAACAACUUGAAAAUUACCAAACUAACAGAUCCCAAUAUGUUGAGGAUACUCGAGAUGGCCAUAAGGUUGGGUUAUCCUGUUCUUCUGGAAGAAGUUGGUGAGACUUUGGAUCCGACGUUGUCACCUAUCUUGCUGAGACAAACAUUUCAGCAGGGAGGCCGAACGCUGAUCAGACUCGGCGAUUCUGACAUUGAAUACGACAACAACUUCAAAUUUUUCAUCACAACCAAACUGGCCAAUCCCCAUUAUCUACCUGAGAUUUGUAUUCAGGUGACAAUCGUCAACUUUACAGUGACACCAUCUGGGCUCGAGGAUCAGCUCUUGGCGAAUGUGGUGAGUUUGGAACGGCCGGAUCUUGAAAAUAUGAGAAGCGAAUUGAUCAUUAGAAUAAACGCUGAUAAGGCACAGUUGAAAUCAAUCGAAGACAAAAUCUUGAGGAUGCUAGAUCAGUCGGAAGGAAAUAUCCUUGAUGAUGAAGAACUCAUUGAAACGCUCAAUGAGAGUAAGGAAACGUCUGAAGUUAUAGCAGCUCGACUGAUAGAAACAGAAUCAACAGAAUUGAAAAUUUCUGUGGCCCGAGAGAAAUACAGAUCAGUGGCUACCAGAGGAUCGGUGAUGUACUUCGUGGUAGCUCAAUUGGCUGAAAUUGAUCCGAUGUAUCAGUACUCUCUGAAGUACUUCACGCAAAUCUUUAAUACAGUUAUAGAAACAAGUGAAAAAAGUGACAAUCUGGAAAUAAGGCUACAAAUUCUCAUCCGCGAGAUAACACUAUCAGUUUACACAAAUGUAUCAAGAGGACUCUUCGAACGACAUAAGUUAGUUUUCAGUUUUUUGUUGUGUAUCGCUAUUUUGACGGAUGCUGGAGUAGUUUCAGCCAUUGAAUGGAAUUUCUUACUGAGAGGACCUGUAGGCGCCAGUGUUCAACCGGGAAAAAGACCUGAUUAUCCUCAAGUGACAGAGAUUAUGUGGUUGUCCGCAUAUGUGCUAGAAACUCUAUCGAACAACUUCAAAGGAUUACCAGGCGAUAUAGAAAAAAUUAUCCCAUUAGAAGUUGGAGAUUUCAAAUUGGAUAUCAAAGUAGUACCUUCUUCCAAAGAAACAAGCACUAUACCUUGGAACGAUCGUCUUACCGAUUUUGAAAAACUCAUGUUUCUCAAGACACUAAAGGAAGAAAAAUUGGUUUUCGCUAUAACUGAGUAUGUGAAGAUGAAGUUAGGACAGGCCUUCGUCGAAAGCCCUCAGGUGUCCCUGCAACUUCUGUACCAAGAUACUUCCAAUACCGUUCCAUUGGUUUUCAUUCUGAGCACUGGUUCCGAUCCAUUUGGUUCCUUCAUGAGGUUCGCUACGGAAAUGGGUUUCAGUAAAAGGGUCCAGUCGAUAUCCUUGGGACAAGGACAAGGCCCUGUUGCAGAAAAACUGAUCGAUCAAGGCUUGGAGAAAGGGGAUUGGAUUUUCCUCCAGAAUUGUCAUCUGUGUGCUUCGUGGAUGUUACCCAUGGAACGACUGAUUCUGAAGAUAGCAGAAGAAGAUUAUAGGGUACACAAAGAUUUUCGCCUCUACCUGAGUUCAAUGCCCAGUACAAGUUUUCCAGUAGCUGUGCUACAAAAUUCAGUCAAAGUUACCAACGAACCGCCAAAAGGUUUGAGGGCAAAUAUCAAGAGGGCUUUCCUCGAAAUGACAGAAGAAUUUUUUGAGGGUCACAUCCUCAAACAAGAUUGGAGAACCAUGAUAUUCGGAUUGUGUAUGUUCCACGCAAUUAUUCAAGAAAGGAAAAAAUUUGGUCCAUUAGGUUGGAACAUAGUUUACGAAUUCAAUGAUAGUGACAGAGAAUUCGCAUUUAACACUGUGAGGAUGUACUGUGCAGAUGGCGUUAUUCCCUGGAAAGCUCUUGAAUACUUAACAGGUGAAAUUACAUAUGGCGGACGAGUGACAGAUUACUGGGAUUUGAGGUGCCUCAAAACUAUUCUAAGGAUAUUCUUCGCACCACAUACAUUGAAAGCAGGAUAUACGUAUUCGUCAUCUGGUACUUAUUACAGUCCAAGGUUCGAGAAAAUACAAGAUUAUAGGAAUUUCAUCGAUGAACUCCCAAUAUUGGAAGAACCUGAAAUUUUUGGAAUGCAUGAAAAUGCCAAUAUCGCUUUUCAGAAAAAAGAAACAGAAGCUGUUAUACUAACAAUACUGGCGAGUCAGCCUAGGACUGCAGCAGGAGGCGCAGGAAAAUCCAGCGACGAGAUUGUCUUCGAAUUAGCCGAUUCAGUUAUCGAACAAAUACUCACUAAAAUCGAUACCGAUGAAAUCAAUCCAUUUUUGAUGAAGAAAGACGACAAGGAUCGUUACAAAUCUUUGACAACCGUUCUUCUACAAGAAAUUGACAGGUAUAACAUUCUAUUGGGUUUGAUUCAUCGAUCAAUGAGGGAUCUAAAAAAGGCUAUCAAAGGCCUAGUGGUCAUGUCUGAUGAACUGGAAGAAGUUUAUAAGGCAUUUAUCAACAAUCAAGUACCAAAUUUAUGGUCGAAAAAAUCUUACAAUUCGCUAAAAAGCUUAGGUAGUUGGAUUAAAGACUUGGUUCUCAGAUUAGAUUUUAUUGGAAUUUGGGUUAGAUCAGGUCAUCCAAUAUCUUAUUGGUUAUCCGGAUUUUACUUUCCACAAGGAUUUUUGACGGGAACAUUACAAACGCAUGCAAGAAAAUAUAAUUUACCGAUUGAUCAACUGAAAUUUGAUUUCUCAGUACAGCAAGUAUUGGUAGAUCAAGAAGUGAUAAAGGAAGCACAUGAUGAAAGUGGAAAAGAGAAUUAUGAUGUAUACCUUCCUCUGAAAGCUCCAAAGGAUGGAGUUAUUAUUCAUGGCCUUUUCGUAGACGCUGGCAGAUGGGACCUAACUAAGCAGCAACUAGUUGAUGCAAAACCAGGGGAAAUAAAUCCUUCAUUACCAGCUGUGAUGAUGAUACCCACAACUAAAAUGCCAGACCCUGAUCCAAGAUAUGAAUGUCCUUUAUAUAAAACAUCUGUGAGAGCUGGGGUUCUUUCCACCACUGGUCAUAGUACCAAUUUUGUUAUAGCAGUUCUACUACCUUCUGCAAAAAAUCAACACUACUGGAUUUUGAAAGGAACAGCUCUUUUGACACAGAUAACCAAUUGAAGAACUCAUGAAGCAACUUAUUUAUCAGUUGCUUAAAUGAGUUCCUCAAUUUUUUAUCUAUAUUAUCAAGUAGAUAUAAUCUUUUUGUUUUUUAAUAACAUUUAAUAAAGUUAAUACCAUUCAUA